CCUCCAGACAGAGACACUCGUGAAAACCCCAAAAUCUUGGUGGUGUUAGCAAAGGAUUGUGGGCACUCGGAUGUCGGUAUUUAAGAACCUAAACAUUUCUUUGCAGAUUAGCGGAAGUCAAGAGCAUUUGCCGACUACUUAUCUGCCACUAUCUCUUAACGGUAGGUCUGCUUUGGGGUAAUGUCUAGUCAGUACUCUGACACAGAAGUGGAGGAAGACGAAGAACUAGAAGCAAUGGAAGCUGAGGAGAAGUUUUCUCCAGACCUCAUCCUCAUGGAAGAUGAUAUCAAAAGGGAAGAACAUGAAGAGGACCCAGACUAUGCCCCUGAAUAUAUGUGUGAUGCAGCAGUUGCCUCUGGAGAAGAAAGAAGUGUGCCCAUAGGAAGAAGGAAGCCUAAUUUCACCCAUGAGGAAACACAAAUCUUGGUGGAGAGGGUGAGCAAGAAUGAAUCAAUUCUGUUUGGAAAAGGCAGUGCUUAUUUUAGACAACAGUGCUGGCUCGCUGUGGCACAGGCUGUUAAUGCAGUGGGCAAGAAUAAUCGAGAUGUUGAAGAUUUAAAGAAGAGGUGGAGAGAUUUAAAGAGGAGGUCAAAAGACAAGCUGGCCAGUUUCCAGAGGGAGCAGAGGUACAUCGGGGAUAGACUUUCAUCUCAUAUCUCCUCCAUGAUGUCUGCCGAUCAACUUGCUAUGUCAAACUUACCUUGGGAAGUGGUCCAAGGGGUCAGUGACUUGGAUACAUUACAAGGGCUAGGAUUCUCAUCCACAGGUUUACAUGGAAGAUCUGUGGCAUCGUGGUCAUCCAGUGUCUCACAGCAUAGUCAGAAUAAUCGACAUACACGACCUGGGAAUGUGAAAAUGUGUGGUAACAAUACUGCGUCCAUUGAAACCAACAAAUGUAUUUCAGAUGGGCCUUCCUUAAGUUUUCCAGCAACAGCCAAUGACUUACAGUCAGAGGAGCAUACAGCAAUAUCUUCCUGUUCUACCAGUGAUGAUGCUGGAAGUUUAAAUGUAGAACAUACUGAAGGAAAAGGAAACAGGGAGUUAUUUCUUAGGGACAGCAAGCAGGCUGAAGAAGACAUAUCUGAAGACUCAGAAGCACUAAUCCAGAUGAAAAGCAGACAUGGACAUGAUUCUGAUGAGAGAGGUAACAGGGUACAGGCAGAGGAUACACAAGAUAAUCCACCACCUUGUGACUCCACACAUGAAGAUGUAAAGCAGCUGCCUGAAGAUGAGGAUUCUCUGCUAACUGGACGUGUAAAAUUGAAAUCUGGCCAAGGCCGAAAACGGCAGGAGCAGGACAGAGAUUAUUCAACUGAAGUAGAGCAUGAAUUUUUGGAGGUGCAGAGAAGUCUAGUUCAGGAAGUCUACCUUCUAAGACAGGAGAUUGCACAGCAGCGUGUAGAACAGUCUGAUGCCCUUGGGCAGGUGCUCAGAAGUCAUAAAGAGCAACUGCUAAGUAAAGAACAACUUAUACAGAGCAAUGCUGCUGUUGCCAGUGCAUUCAUCAAGGUGGGUAAAAAUCUGGAGGCCCUGACUAAGGUCUGCACACAGCUUCUUGCUCAGCAGCUUCACCAUAAGCACUUCAUGUGGGGUGAGGACCAGAGUACAGAUGAUUCAGCUGUUCCCAACACAGAGGGAAAUCCUUCAUCUGUCCCUGGGGAUUCUGCAUCUAUUUCCACUUCAUCUGCUACUGUUUGUGGUCAGGUGGAAUCUAUUGAUGAUCGAGGGAGAACUAGAAAUCACCAGUGUUGUUCUUUGCAGACAUCUGAUGCCACUUUUCCAGGGGACCCAUCAAGAAAAAGGAGGAAAACAUAAAACACACUGUUGAUGUUACAUUGCAUUUGACAUACUGUAAACACUGGCUUGUAAUUAAUUGGUUACUUGUGCUGCUUUCUACUUUUCUACCCAUUUUACCUACAUUGCAGUUUUUUGUAGUAUCUUUACAUUGUGCUUUAGCAUAUUUUAAAAUUCAUAUCCAUUGCAUUCUCCAUUUCUCGUGAACCAGAUCCAGGCUGCUUUGGCCAGAUACUGGCUACUGUCCUAGGUGGCAGAAAAUAGGUCAUCAAGUUAUAUAAAGGAGAUAGUCCUAGCAGCUCUACAUGUUAAUACUUUUUGAACCACAUUUCUUUUAAAGUACAAUAUGUUGCAUUACAAUGUAUUUACUUUAUUUUAAAAUGCACUGUAUAUUGCAUUAAAAUGUAAUGUUUACUAUA